AUGGACUUUUUGACAAAAAAACUGGACAAUGCUAAUCCAAUUGUCUACGGCAAGAAAAAAGACCGCAUUUACUCCAAAGCCGAUACCGACGAUAAUGUCACCGAUGAGAUUGACGCACGGGAAAUCUUUGAUCUCAUUCGAGGCAUCAAAGACCCAGAACACCCUCUCACAUUGGAAGAACUCAAUGUCGUCGAUGAGAGUCAUGUUACCGUGAACAGCAAGAACAAGAAUAUUGAGGUCAUCUUUACGCCCACCAUUGAGCACUGCUCUCUGGCCAGCCUGAUUGGCCUGUGUAUUCAGGUCAAACUGCUCCGCUCUAUUCCUGCACAGUACAAAGUAUCUGUUUGCAUUGCACCGGGCUCACACUCUACCGAAGAUGUGGUGAAUAAACAGCUGGCAGAUAAGGAGCGAGUGGCCGCGGCCCUGGAGAACAAUCAGCUGCUAGAAGUAAUCAACCAGUGCCUCGUCGAUUCACUUUAA